UGUUAAGGCUCGGUACCUCCUCCAUCGCUGCCCGGGACACCCUCCUCACCCUCCCCUCCGCGGCGGCGUCUGGAUAUAUUCCCACACACCUCCUCGAACCCGGCCACUGUGGUGGUGGUGUGUAUGGUUCCUUAGCACCAGGAGAGUGCGUUAGUGCACCAGGAGAGUGCGUUAGUGCACCAGGAGAGUGCGUUAGUGCACCAGGAGAGUGCACGCAUAAUACAACAGGAGGCGAGUGUGGAGGACCGCUGGAGGAGCACAGCGACGAGGCUGCACAAACACUGACAGCCGCUAAGACGUUUGUAAAAAAAAAGUCCACAGCAGUAUAAUAGAUAAAAAAUAUCCCACUGUACCUUCGAAAUCUUUGACUCACAUCUGAAGGCCAGUGGAUUAUGUAAAUACUGGACGGGGCCCUUGUUCUCCUGCCGCGAGACACAGCACCAUGCAGAGGUAGCAUCUGGGAAGGGUACUACAAGAGUACUUGGCACAGGAAUACUCAGAACUCCAGUUAUGGAAGGGUGGAGGUGGUGGGCGGCGACGACGCUGAAGGUGGUGAUGGUGGCUGGCCUCGCCCGUCCUACUGCUCUCACACACCUUGACUCACCCCCAGGACACCUUGCACCUCAACACAUGGAAAGAUACGUCAGUUAUAGCGAGUUGGCAGACGCAACGGACAGAUUUAGCAUUACUGGAGUCAAGAGUUACAGUGAACUGGUAUUUGACCCAACCAGCUACCAGGUGGUCGUCGGAGCUAGGGAUCGUGUGUUCCGGCUGAGCCUGGUGGGGUUGCAGCAACUAGAGGCUUCGGAUUGGGCCUCCAACAAGAGCACCGUGGAUACCUGCACACUGAAGGGACAAAGCCAAGAGGCAUGUCAUAAUUUUGUCCGCGUCUUGCAUCUGCACCGAGGCAGUGUUCUUGUCUGUGGGACCAAUGCCUUCAGUCCUCUUUGUACCUGGAGGAGAUUAUCCGAAAUCCGUCACAUUGAGUCAUGGGAAAAAGGUGUAGCCAGAUGCCCAUUUGACCCCUCCCACAGUGUGACGUCCCUGCUUACACAAGAUGGUGACCUCUAUGUUGGCACCCCAACAGAUUUCUCAGGACGAGAUUCUGCCUUUAUGCGAUCCAUGGGUCCCGGUGGGCACCUCAGAACUCACCAGUAUGAUUUGAAGUGGCUGUCAGAACCCACUUUUGUUACCUCCUUUGAGUCAUCAGGAUUUGUUUAUUCCAUCUUCAGAGAAAAUGCUGUGGAAAAUUUAAAUUGUGAAAAGAAUGUUUUCUCGAGAAUAAGUCGUGUAUGCAAGAAUGAUGCUGGAGGAACUCUUGUGUUGAAGAAUUAUUGGACAACAUUUUUAAAGGCUCGUUUAAUAUGUUCAGUCCCAGGAAACUUUCCUUUCUAUUACAACUAUGUCCAAAGUGUCACAUACCUUCCAAGAGAACAAAUGUUAUAUGGUGUCUUCUCCACAGCAGAGAACAGUAUUAUAGGAUCAGCAGUGUGUGUUUUUAACAUGAGCUCAGUAAAUGCUUCGUUUGAUGGGCCGUUCAAGUACCAGCCAUCACCAUCAUCUACAUGGGGUCCAGUAACAGCUGAAAACCACCACUCCCGUUGUGAAAACUUGGGCACUAGUGGGGAAGCUGACCUUGCUGCUGACAAAUUUCAAUUAAUGGACAAACCAGUCUUACCACAGAGCUCCAACCCAUUGUUUCUUCUGAAUUCAGAGAAGUUAACACACGUAAUAGUGGAUGUAGUUUCAACUCGACUGAGUGGAAACGUGCAUGUAGUUUUUGUAGCAGAUGGUGGAGGUCUUGUGAGAAAGCUAAGUGUUGUGCCCAACACCCAACACACCUGUCUGUUGGAAGUCCUUGCUCCUUUCCCAGAAAACUCAUCUGUCGUCAUUCACACCAUGAAGUUCCUCAAGGAUACGAACUCACUGUAUUUAGGCACAGAUAGUGAAGUGGUUCGUGUUCCAGUACACCGAUGUGGACAUUAUCAAACACAACGUGCUUGUUUAGCUGCCAAAGACCCGUACUGCGGGUGGGACACGAACCGCUUGGAUUGCUCUCCCCCUCCUGGAAAGAACCCUUUCGUAUCAUCAUGGCUGCAAGAAGUAAUGGAGUGUCCUAGAUCCACAGAUCCAGUUGACGGAAAAUGGGGUAUGUGGUCAGAAUGGUCACCGUGUUUGCAGUCUGGUAGUGGAGAUUCGUGUCUGUGUCGCCAUCGUGCAUGCGAUUCACCGAGGCCAGCACGUGGUGGGGCUGCCUGCACUGGAUCACACACAGAGGUAACCAACUGCACAGUGCAUGGUGGCUGGACAGCAUGGUCUUCAUGGUCUCAGUGUUCAGCCACUUGUGGUAUUGCAGUCAAAACUCGUCGUCGCACAUGCUCAAAUCCAGAGCCUCAACAUGGUGGUCGCGUAUGUGUUGGACAAGAACGUACCGAGAUAUAUUGUCACUCUCUUGCACACUGUCCAUCAUAUACAGCCUUACCUGUGGAUGGUGGAUGGAGUGAGUGGGGGUCCUGGGGAAGAUGUUCUGCUUCAUGUGGGACUGGUAUCAAACAUAGGCAACGUUCAUGCACCAGGCCAACCCCAAAAAAUGGAGGAUCACCUUGUCCAGGCUGUGAGAAAGAUAGCGAGAUUUGUGGAAAUUGGCCAUGCCCAGAGAUAAGCCGACUAUCAUCAUGGACUCCAUGGUUAAGACUCAAUAGUUCUGGAAACUCUGGCAUUCAGAGGCGUUUCAGAACAGAAUGCAUUGCAACAGGAGACAAGGACAGUCCACUUCGAAUUGGUAAAAUGCAUCAAGAGGAUCGAGUUUGUACAAAAGAUGGCUGGUGUGGUGAUUCCCAUCAGAUAGACUCUCCAGAUAGUGGAGGAUGGUCUGAGUGGAGUGACUGGACUAAGUGUGAUGAACCAUGUGGUGGAGGACAACAAUAUCGUCAUCGAUCUUGCACUGUUGGUUCGUGUGCUGGGACAGCUUCACUAGAGAGAAGCUGUAAUGAACAUCCCUGUAGAGGUCUUUGGGCAUGCUGGAGUGAAUGGAGUUCAUGUUCAGCAACAUGUGGGUCAGGCGUUCAGUAUCGAACACGUCGGUGUGUUGCCUCACACAAUCCAUUCGUUGAUGCCUCAGAUUGCACUGGUUUACACACAAUGCAGCAAUCGUGCCAUAAGAAUACUUGCAUUGGCGAAGAGGGUUGGGGCAUGUGGGCAGAAUGGUCCGAGUGUGGAGGUGGAGAGGAACGAGUGAGGAAACGUCACUGCCUUUCAGAUCAGCCCAGCAAGUGUCGUGGACUUGAUGUUCAGAGAGAAUCGUGCAAAUUUAUCAGCUCCGACGCAACAGUGGUGGAAGCAGCCGUCGUCAGUUCGAGCGAGAGUGAAGGUGCAGGUAACACAGUGUCAGUGCAGGCACUAAUAGGCUCCUGUCUCGCGUGUCUCAUUGCUGGAGCACUGCUUGGUGCCUUGGCCACUUACCACGUUUGUGUACGCAGGCACCACAGGAGAGUGCCAUCCUCCCCUCACUAUAUCUCGGCAAAACCUAAUCACUAUGUUAGUGUCCCAGGAGCAGAGUGGAAGGGAGAACAGUCACCAACUAGUACAAUAAAGAAUGGCAGCAUUAAAAGUGGGCUAAAAGCAGCCAUAACAAAUCUACCUUUGAAAGACUUUGACACUGCCACCAUUAAACGAUCCAGUCAUGGAUCUUAUGGCAACGGUCACCUUCGUGCAGAUCUUGACUCAGAUACCAUAUUUAAUUUCUAGCAAAAAAUUGGCCUGUCCAGUCUUUCAGUCUUCUGUUGGUGCUAAAGACCCUUAUGAAGGGGCCAACCUUAUCUCAAGUGUUCAAGACACUACAUCUCAUUGUGAUAUUCAGUGUAGCUUUUAAAGAUUUAUUGGAUGUGACUGUUAGGACAGUUCUAAUCUCGGGUUCCUGUUGUGACGUGAAAAUGCAUUCAUAACCCAUAACAAACAAUUGAGAAAAUGGUUUGUGACAAUUUUUACUAUAUACUGUACGUCAAGAACAUUUUUAAUGUAUGUCUUGAGAUUUCUAUACACGUGUAUAUGAAGAAUGACUACUAGAACUGACCUUAUAUAAUCUCCCACCCGCAUUGGAAAAUCCUUCAUGCAGAGGUUAUUAUAUUGAAAAUGUAGUUAUUGAAGAAAAUACAAGUGUUGUGGAAGAGACAAUGAAGUGUGGUUAUUUGAACAAAUAUUCUGUAUAUAUAUUGCAUUUAGUUUUACCACAUUUUUCUUCAUGUAACACUUGGUGAAAAAUUAAUAUUCUGAAAGUUAACCUAACAAUAUUUGUUUACUUUUUAAUAAAGAAAGUAAGAGUUUGUUCUUGCACAGACCUAUUUUUUGUUAACAAAUAUUGCAUAUGUGAAAAAAACACAAGUACUUUACAUAUAAAAGAAAUGAAUUGCCUGAUAGACAUAUUUGCUUUGUAAUCUAGUCAAACCAGUGACCGUGAACAUAAUGACAUGGAUUUUUAAUAAUCCCAGAUGUAAAAAUUCUUUAAAUUUUAUGAUAAGGUUAUUAAUGUACGUGCCAUAUUCUUUGCUGAGAAUUGUUAUAAUUUUUAUAAUGAAUUUUCAUAAAACAUAAAUGGUU